AUGGACGGGGAGGCUAACCUUCCAGUCCGACCCGCUGGGGCGAGGAAUUUGAUCCGUCCGACCAACCUGGAUUCCACAUCAUCUUCUUCUUCGUCAUUCUCUUCCUCCUCUUCGCCGCACUUACUCCGCAAUGUUCAAGCCGCCUUCAAGCGCCACCGCCCUCUCGGUGUAAUGCAGUCAAAUAGCAUAAAACCUCGGCGUAUGGUGGUCCCCCAGCGAGGCGCAUCCAAAAGUUCCGCUUCAAGUGUGGCCCCUCUGAUUGACACCAAGAAGUCGAGAGAAGUAGCUUCAAUGAGUGAGGGUAAUGCUGCAAAGGAUUCAACAGUGCAGCCAAACAACAUGCCCACUGUUGUCAAGGAAACUCAAGAAGAUGCAUGUAUUACACCAUUUUCCAGUUCAGGCGCUAGCACUCAAACCUUUGAUGAACACUUAAACCCAUUUGAUGGGCAGAUAGAUCAAAUCAAACCUGGUGGUAAAGACAAUAAUCAGAUGUGUCCCGUGAAUUUCGAGUCUCAACAGAUCGAUGGUAAAAAAAAAGUCCAAUUUUCAACGGGAAGCGUUGCCACUCCCCUGGAAAUGGAAUGGGUUUCCAGCAGUCAAGCAGAGGCUUCGGCUGUUAUCAAUCAUGACUCAAAGCAUCAGAAUAUUCAGAACACAGAAUCUGAUAUCAGUUCGAAGUCUGAUGGUGGGAUUUCUUCUUCAUUGGCAAAGAGAACAACCGCCAUUCAUGAUCAGUUGCAUCAAUUCAAGAACUUCUUAAGCCAGCCUAUGACUCAAUCCUCAGUUGUUGGGCCAUCAUGUGCUACGACAACGUCUGUCCAUGCUACUUCAGCACCCAUGCUUAGUUCGACAACUUUUUGUACUCAUUUGAAUAGUGGUUCUCAUGUGGCAGUAGAACCUUCGGGGGAUUUUAAAAUAAAUCCUCAACCAGUAACUGGGAAAAUGAUAAAGCCCUCAAAUGCUUCUUUAAAGGACAGCAGUGGAAUGUCAACUGACCAUAUAGCUGUUGCAGCCCAAACUUCUACCGCUGCAAUUGAUACCCAAAUGCAAGUUAAGGAAUAUGACCUUUCUAAGGAGCAAAAAGGCUGCAUGCUGAAGGAAACUAAGAUUAUGGAAAAUCCUUCUCUUCUUGAUGCUAAGUCAAUUGAAGGGAAAAGGCUUACGGGUGAUGUUACCAAUCCACAAUCUCAGGCUCCUAUGCCCCAAAAUUCGUGUACUGAUAUGAAGUUAGAGUCUUCCAAAUCAGAAAAACAACAAAAGGCUGCAAGUGGUAAAGGUGCAUCAGCCCCUCGUAAAAGGAAUUACGAUCCUGACUUGUUUUUUAAAGUUAAUGGGAAGCUCUAUCAAAGGCUCGGAAAAAUAGGUAGCGGAGGGAGCAGUGAGGUUCACAAAGUCAUAUCAUCAGACUGUACAAUCUAUGCACUUAAGAAAAUCAAGCUCAAAGGACGUGAUUACGCUACUGCUUUUGGCUUUUGUCAGGAAAUUGAGUAUUUGGAUAGGCUGAAAGGAAAAAACCAUAUCAUACAGCUUAUAGACUACGAGGUGACAGAUAAGGCUUUGCUCCGUGAAGUCUUGAGUGGCUCCAUGAGUAAUAAAGAUGGCAGAGUCAAGGAUGACGGGUACAUAUACAUGGUGCUUGAAUAUGGCGAAAUUGAUUUGGCUCACAUGCUGUCCCAGCAGUGGAAGGAAAUGGACGUCUCUAAAAAGACCAUAGAUGAGAACUGGCUACGAUUCUACUGGCAGCAAAUUCUUCUGGCGGUUAACACUAUACACGAGGAACGAAUUGUGCACUCUGACUUGAAGCCAGCUAAUUUCCUUCUUGUCAAAGGCUCCCUAAAGCUAAUUGAUUUUGGGAUUGCCAAAGCGAUAAUGAGUGAUACAACCAACAUCCAAAGGGAUUCUCAGGUGGGUACACUUAGCUACAUGUCUCCAGAAGCAUUCAUGUGCAACGAGAGUGAUGCAGAUGGAAACACUAUCAAGUGUGGUCGGCCGUCAGACAUCUGGUCCCUUGGUUGCAUCCUUUAUCAGAUGGUAUACGGGAGGACCCCAUUUGCAGACUACAAGACCUUCUGGGCCAAGUUCAAAGUUAUAACAGAUCCCAACCAUGAAAUCACAUAUGCACCAGUCUCUAACCCCUGGCUUCUGGAUCUUAUGAAAAAGUGCCUUGCAUGGGACCGCAAUGAAAGGUGGCGGAUUCCUCAGCUGCUUCAACACCCUUUCAUUGUUCCCCCGGUUCCAAACCAGCCAUCUUUGCCUCAUGACGAAAACUGUAAACUGCUUCAACUUAUUGCCCAAACUUGUGACAAUGACUCUGAAGCUUCCAAGCUAUGUUGUCAAAUCCAGCAACUGCUUAAGGACCCUGUACCCUCAAUAGGGUCUCAGUUAAUAACAUCGCGUGACCAACAUUGUAAAUUGCUCUCCCAAAUGUCAAGGCUUUGCUUUCAGCUCCAGGAACAUUUAAUAUCAAAUUCAGAGGGAUAA